AAACCACCUUAUCUGUACCUUUAAUAAGUAGCAUUUAUAAGAAAGAAUAAAACUAACAGUUACUCAGGACCAUCUGAGAGAAUCCAGACGAUCUUCCUGGCGCUCUAAUUAAACACCAGAAGGUGUAUAUCUUAACAGUAUAUCCGACAGGAAACUUAUAAUUAAAAUCAUGGUUCUCUUCAUCACGUACCCUCCCCAUCCUCUUGUCCUUGCCGUCACAAAACUACAGCCUCACUAAGAAAGGCCAUUUCCCCACACAUUUGGUAAGGGGUAAGGGGGGAGUGAGAAAUGCACACGUUUCAUUGGGCCUAGACAGACCCACUUCAGAUGGGGCAGCUGUAAGAUGCGGACGGAAAAAUACGAGGUUGGGUUUUGCAGUUUUCAUUCCCAGUCUCUGCUCUCCUCACAGGUGAUUGUGGAAAAGGCUCCCAAGGCCAGGGUACCUGAUCUGGACAAGAGGAAGUACCUGGUGCCCUCUGACCUCACUGUCGGCCAGUUCUACUUCUUAAUCCGGAAGAGGAUCCACCUGAGACCUGAGGACGCCUUAUUCUUCUUUGUGAACAACACCAUCCCUCCGACCAGCGCCACCAUGGGCCAGCUGUAUGAGGACAACCACGAGGAAGACUAUUUUCUGUACGUGGCCUACAGUGACGAGAGCGUCUACGGGAAGGAGCAGGCAGGUCAGGACGGAGCUGUCAGACUGGCUUUGAUAGAAAAGGGUGAGGACGACGGAGCUUCACAACACUGCUGUGAUUUCACUUUCGUGCGAUUGCCGUAGAAAAGUCAGGAGGUGGGCAAGCUGGGGCCAGAGGUCGUGGACCACCCGUAACUUCCCACUCUCCUUCUCUUGGGCCAGAGAUUCUAUUUUUGACGUUUGCACAUUUGACAGGUAGGGAAGGGGGAUGGGACCGUUUUAGGACUCGUGGUAGUGGACCAUUCCUGGGGACCAAGAGACCCAUUGUAAUGAAAGCAUUGUGGCCCCUGACCUCUCCUGUCUCCACACCUCCCCGCAUCCCAGCUGUAAUCUCACAGGUGUCACAGCAGCAGACCUCCGACCCAGGCACUUGAUCGGAGCUCUCCUGCUGGAGGAGCCAGGCCUGCGGGCCAUUGAUGAGGGUAGUUUUGGUAGCAUUAACUGGAAUUGACUAAGUACUGAGCAUCUCUGUCUAACCUGCUUGCUCUUGGGCGCCCCUUUUCCCACACCCACCUUGGACUUGAAUGAGCCUCAGCCAUUCCCAGUUACAGGCUUAAACCACUGGUCUAGCAUUUCCCAGACUUCGGUCCGUGACGAGGGACAGAGGUGUGUUACGGACGGAAGGGCCAGGUGUGAGUAAGGUAGACUGUCUGCGCCUCCCACUCAGCUCCUCCCAAAUUCUCACUCUCGGGCUGCCAAACCUUCCCCCACACGCACAGAAAUGCCCAGUGGUGGCCAGUGCUCCCCUCCUGUGGUUUUCAUUUGCUGCAGAUGCCAGUUAUAAAAAAUCUCAGCGGGUGACUGUUAGCUGUUCACGGGGACCCUGUUGACUCUGGUCAUCUUCCCUUUAGGGCUGGUUACCUGGGUGGGGGUGGGAAGCAGGAAUCACACUCAGACAUGACAUUUCAAUUCAUCUCGGACAUGACACUUCAUCUCUGCUAGUGAAAGGGGUCCUUCCUCGGCGGGGGGGUCUGUGUGUCAGUUCUGUCAGCUGCAGGUUCUUGUUUAAUGAAGUUUAUGCUGUCAGGCUAAGGAAAUAAAAUAACUGCAUACCUUAACGU